AAUUACACAUUUUUUUGUUGACAUGUUAAUUUGUUUGUCAGUAGUGCCUGUAGCAAGGCUCAACUAACAGCUAAGAAAUCAACUAUAUCAAGACUUUUUAGUUAUUUCUGGGAUCCAGAUUUGAACCAUCUUGGGUUGUUUGGUGUGGUGAGAAGUGGCAUCAUCAUUGCUCAACGUGUACUCCACAGGGGGCCCUUCCAGGGUGCUCUGUCCCUUCUUGCUAUGGAAGAGACUCUCUCUCUGGUCCCAAGUGUUAACCUCCUUUCUCUGGGAGGUUAAAAGGAAAGAUGGUUUGAUCUUCAGGCAACACUCUGUCCCAAAAAAAUGGUUUCUGUGCAAUAGUCCUAGAAAGGAGAUCCAAGGAAAUAAGAUCAGACCAGAAUGAGAUAACAUCAGCCAAAGAAAUGGUGCCGGAAUUAACAAUAAGGAAAACAAGCACCAGAUGUAUUCAGCAAGUGUGAAAGCUGCAGGGCCUGUUGGGCUGGUCCCUGCCCAGUCAGCUGUGAGAAACACACCCAGGAGAAAGCCUGGCUGAACCCCACGGGCACACAGAGCUCAGCUCUGCCAUCACCUUCACCGGGAAGGCUGCAGGUAUCCAUGUGCAGCUGAGUAGGUCUGGCUGAGCCCAGCGCCUGCAGAGCCUUUGCUGGAAAAUAAAGGUUUGUCCCUGAGGCAAUCUGCAUGUGGAAACUACCUCCCCCGGCAGAGAAAAUGGGCCAGAAGGUCUCCCAGGAGGACAACCAGGAGAACAAGGCUGAAACUCUAGUCAUCUGUGAAGUCUUCAGCCAGGGUGUGCUCCAUGCAUCUCGAAAGCUGGAAGACUAUCUCGGUUUUGUGGAUCCUCAAAGCAAAUUCCAGCCAGCCACAAACACGCUGAGCGAGAUCUUCCUGGUCAACUUCAUCAGCUUUUGCAUGGGAAAGGGCAUGGAGGAGCGGAUCAUGACCAGUAAAAUGACCAAGCAGCAGUCCUCCCUGUUCGGAGUGGACUGGAUCUGGACUCUGUGUGGGUCUGACAAGCAGAUCAAGCUCCAGAUCGCCGUGCAGGCUUUGCAGCCGGCCGAGCUCUUCCACGGCGAGGGUCCUGUUGAGGAUUGCUGCCGGGAGGCUGCACUGGCCGACGAGUGCUUCCAGAACAUGAGCAGGUUUGAGAAGCUGGCUGAGUUCUGCCGCCUGGUGGGACGGGACUGCCUGGGCUUGUUCAUCAUGUUCGGUGUGCCGGGGAAGCCCAAGGACAUCCGAGGAGUCCUGCUGGACAGCGUUGCCAAGGAGGAGCAAAAAUGCCACCUGUCGGGCAGGAACGCGCUGCGGCAAUUUGUCACCAGCACUGACAGCUCCCUGCCCACAAAAGACAUGUUGGAAAAUUGCCUGGGCACCAGAAAUGGGCUGAAGGACAUGGGCAAUGUGUACAUAAACUUUGUGUGAGCAGCUGGGCAGGAGCAGUGGCUCCAUGCAGCAGCAGGGUCCUCGCAGGGCUCAGCUCUGCCCCCCUCUCUUUUCUCCCCACACUCCAUUCCCUCCACCUUCCCCUCAACCCAUGGUGUUCCCUUAGCUCCUGCAGAAGCCAGGCAGAGUCAGCCUCUCCAGGUUUUAAAACACCCGGACAGACCUGCCAGAAAAAUGUGUUUAUAGAAGGCAUGACGUUUUUCCAGAACAUUUUGUUCGCCAGCCAUUAAGUCUUGGCUGGAGCUGCUGAAAGCUUUAUCAGCCAGAGCUCUGGGGAGGUCCUGGUGGACUCAGAGCCUUUGUUUGCUGUGUGGCAGCUUUUUUUCUGUCCCAGGAGGGUGAGCCUGUAAUAAUGGAAAUGUGCUGGUGCUGGUCAGAAGAGCUGCAAUGAGUGUGAAGGACAAUACCAGGCCUUAAAAUGACUGGUUGGAAUGAGUGAGCUGGUUUCAAUUAAGAGGAAAAGCCCUGCCCAGUGCUAGAAAUGGGCUCUGAGAGAGAAUUACUAAUGACCUGCCCCACCGUUGGUACCAGGCUCCACAAGGCCUUGAAGCUGUGAACCAAAGGUAGGGUUGGGGCCAGCUGCAAAGCUUUUCUCACUGAAUGGCUGUGUCAGGGCAAGGUAUGGCAAAACCUAGGGGCAGAUGUUAAAGAACACUUGGGAAAAAUCAAGCAAUGGGGACAAAAACCAGGCCUGAUGUGGGUGGGACCUUAUCACAGCAACAGAGGCAGCCCCUGACCAUGCGCAGCAGAGAGCAAACCUGGAAGAGGAAAGAUUAUUUCACUUGGAAUUCCUCUUCAGUAGUUUAGCAGCUGAUGGUAUUUAUGGGCUUGGUUUAUUCUAUUUCCCUCAGCUUUUACUGGACUAAGUGAGGCUUUUGGGUUGGUUACACAAUUAUAAUUACUUGCUUUACUGUUAACCAGUGAAUGAGGCCCUGAUCUACAUUCAGUCUGGUAAACUCACUUUGGGUAUAGCUGUCUAAAUAGUCUUGUCAGUGCAAAACUCAUCUGACUCUAGUUUUCAUAUAAAUUCAGUCAUUUAACAGAAUAAAAAUAAUUUUGAAAACACAUUCAUCUUCCACUAUUUACUAUUUGAGUUGUAAAAUGGGGGCAGCUGUGAGAGCUGAGAAUCAGAGGCUGUUACUUAACAAGCCAUUAAAAAAGAGCCAAAGGAGGCUGAGACAUCAGUGCCACAAGUAUUUGCAGCAUUCCAUGGCAGAGGCAGGGAAUCUGAAAGGGGAACUGAAAUAAACACAGAACUGUGACAUUUUUGCUGAGUCACAAACAUAGCGGGGUUUGGAGAAGGGUGACCUUUCAGUCCUGAAACAGUUCAUUGAGACAGAACUGUUUUUAAACAGAUGCUGUCACUGUAUUCUGUGUGUGUGGCUGGGUUUGGUGGGACAGAGGAGACAGUUCUGGUGUGCUGCAUAGAGAACCUGCAUAGUUGUGGGGGAUUGGGAUUUUUUGCCUGUUUAAACUAGCAGAAUAAUCAACACUGCAGCAGGAUUGAUACUGGCUUAUAAAAAACCUGCAGAAAACUAAUUUUGUAUUAAAUUGGUAUAUUCUAACUAGUAUGACUUCACCUAUCCACUUCUUUAGAAAAGCUGGCUCACUAGAAAAAUGGGCUUUUUUUCCCUUGCAUGCUUUCUCAAUAAUAGAAAGGGAAGGGGAAAAUCCAAGUGUCUUGAAUGUAUAGAGUUUGAACUAUGAGAGUUACUCACUGGGGCAGUUGUUCUGAUUUGAUUUGCGUCUCUCAAAGGGCUCUGGUACCUCAGAGAUGUCACAUAGCCUUACUAUGUUAUUUUGGGAACUGGGUUAUGUUUCCCAGACCGCACCACACUCUGGCCCUUUCCUUUGUGGGCUUUAGCUCAGGCCCCUGGGCCCCCAGCCAUGGUGGGAAUUGGCCAAGGCUCUGGAUUCUGGUUAACAACAGUGAAAAGUAUUUAACCAUGGAGCUCUAUGUUCAUCCACUGAGCCAAGCUGGAGCCUCAGCUCAGGUGACUCACAGCCAUCCCCAGGCUUCUGUGACUGCAAGUGCUGAUGGACCUGCUAAGGUGCAGCCUCCAGCCCCUGAAAUCCCAGGGCAGUUUGUGUGGCUGCAUGACACAAGGUUUGUCCUGAAUUCUGAAGAACCUGGAAUUCACACCUUUGUCCCUUGGCAGUGUUUUCUGUUCAGAUUUCCCUCUGAACACUCACUGCUGGGAUACACGGGGGAAAGCCCUGUCCCUGCAUGGAAGUCUGCUUUCUAGAGGGGCCCCUUUGGAAGUUUCCUCCCAAAUUUGCCCUAAGCCAGGACAAAUGGAAACUCCUCUGUGUCUCACCAAGAGGUUCAAAGCCCGUUUGGUUUUAUGGAAGCAGUCAAUGAACUCGGCCUCACUCGAGAGUCUUGCUUGGAGGCUCAGCAUUCCCUCUGCCUGAAGAAGGGGCACAGAAGGACACUUUGGUGAGAGCAUUCCCUUUGGGAAGGUUCCAUCUGCCUGCCUGUGCAGAAGGCACAGCAGAAAUGGGUGUUGAGACCAGAGCUACUGAAAAUGAGGGGUUCAGGAAAGGCAAACUCCCUCUGUGUGCCAGAGGCUCUGUGUGCUCUACCAGAGGAGCCCCUGGAGCAGCACCUCCAGAACUGCUGGGCCUGCAUCUGUGGCUGUGCCGCAGCAUCGAUCCAGCCCUGCUGGACCAGGAGCUGAGGUGUCCCCCUGCAUUCAUACGUGCCCACCCCCUGCUCCCCGUUUGUUCUGGCUGCUGCACUGCCCCUGCUGGCCCUUUCUUCUGGUUCUGCCUCCCUUUUUUCCAUUGGCUGGGCUGUGGGAAUGCCUCUGCAGCCUUCUGGGGCCGGCUGACAAGCACUGGGGUAUCAUCUGGGGUGCAGUUCAGAAUUUGCUGUGAGGACAGAAACCCAGGGGACUGAGGUGAAAGUGAGCCUGGAUUGGGCAGGACUGGGAGCCUGAAUUCCAGGGCCUGCUGCAUUUCCCAGGAGGAUGCACAGGAGUGGGCAAUCCAGGCAUGAAACAGAGCUGAAUGCAUCCCACUGCUAGCACAGAGCUGCUGGGCCUGGCUUGUGUGCUGUCCCUAUGAAUGUGACAAGUGACCCCUGCUUGUGGAUGGCUGGAAAAUAACCCAGGUGAGGUGGAGAGAGCAGAACUGGAAUCAGCAGAGCUGCCUCAGGUCAGAGGACAUCGGCACUGACCUAGUGAUGGAGAUUUGCUUUCGGCCACCUUAUCUUUGAGCACAGCAGGUAUCAGUUGGAAAAAUGGCCAGAGGAUGCAUUAAAUGCCUGCUCAGGGAGGAGUCCCUUGCUCUCGGCCUCUCUUCUCCCUCUGCUCCUGCGUGUGGACUGUGCAGUGUCCUUGUUUCCCACUGUUUCCUUUGCCAUUUCCUGUUCUAAUGUGGCUCC